AUGUUUAAGGAGCGCCUCACUUUGGCAAAGGAACUAGUUGGAAAACAUUUGAAGGAGGCGCAGCGCAAGAUGUCGGAGUGGUAUGACAAGAAAGCUACACCAAGAGAGUUCCAGGGCGGGUCCCAGGUUAUGGUCCUGCUGCCAGGGAAGAGCCGUGUGACUGAGUCACGAUUCGAGGGACCGUACAAGAGGUCAGCAGGAACCAGAGGUCAGCAGGAACCAGAGGUCAGCAGGAACCAGAGGUCAGCAGCAACCAGAGGUCAGCAGGAACCGGAGGUCUGCAGGAACCGGAGGUCUGCAGCAACCAGAGGUCAGCAGGAACCAGAGGUCAGCAGGAACCAGAGGUCUGCAGGAACCGGAGGUCUGCAGCAACCAGAGGUCAGCAGGAACCAGAGGUCUGCAGGAACCGGAGGUCUGCAGCAACCAGAGGUCAGCAGGAACCGGAGGUCUGCAGCAACCAGAGGUCAGCAGGAACCAGAGGUCUGCAGGAACCGGAGGUCUGCAGCAACCAGAGGUCAGCAGGAACCAGAGGUCAGCAGGAACCAGAGGUCUGCAGGAACCAGAGGUCUGCAGCAACCAGAGGUCAGCAGGAACCAGAGAUCUGCAGGAACCGGAGGUCUGCAGCAACCAGAGGUCAGCAGGAACCGGAGGUCUGCAGCAACCAGAGGUCAGCAGGAACCAGAGGUCUGCAGGAACCGGAGGUCUGCAGCAACCAGAGGUCAGCAGGAACCGGAGGUCUGCAGCAACCAGAGGUCAGCAGGAACCAGAGGUCUGCAGGAACCGGAGGUCUGCAGCAACCAGAGGUCAGCAGGAACCAGAGGUCUGCAGGAACCGGAGGUCUGCAGCAACCAGAGGUCAGCAGGAACCGGAGGUCUGCAGCAACCAGAGGUCAGCAGGAACCAGAGGUCAGCAGGAACCGGAGGUCUGCAGGAACCGGAGGUCUGCAGGAACCGGAGGUCAGCAGCAACCAGAGGUCUGCAUGAACCAGAGGUCUGCAGCAACCAGAGGUCUGCAGCAACCAGAGGUCUGCAGCAACCAGAGGUCUGCAUGAACCAGAGGUCUGAGGAACCGGAGGUCUGCAGGAACCGGAGGUCUGAGGAACCGGAGGUCUGCAGGAACCGGAGGUCUGAGGAACCGGAGGUCUGCAGGACCCAGAAGUCUGCAGGACCCAGAGGUCUGCAGGAACCGGAGGUCUGA